AUAUUAAUAAAUAUCUAUAAUAGUGUUUAAUUUAAAAUGGCAGAGAAAAUGCCUAAUGAAAUUGUUAUACCUUCUUGCUCAAAAUGUGAAAUAAUUGAUAUGGAGUUAAAUACCAGAAAAAAAGAAAAGAGAUCAAUAUCUGAAGAUGAAGAUGAAUACAAUGAUCAUACAACUGAAACAUUUACAAAUAAUAGAAUGUUUUGCUGCAAGGAUGAUCAAUCGAAUUUUGUAUGCACAAGGACUUCUAAACAAUCUCUGAGUGAUGUGAUCCAACAAUUAACUCAACAGAUUGAGCACAUUGAAAAGGUUGCAAGUCAGAAUGUCAUAAAAAAGAUUAAAAAGAAUGAUGUAAACUAUGAUGAUGAAUUUAUGUAUCAGCCACCCAACAAACUAAUUAAAUAUGAUACUGAAACGAGUGAAGAUUCCUGUAACUUGAAUGAAAAUAGUAUUGGGUUUAUCAAAAAAAUUAACACAACAAAACAUGCCAAUAAAAUGAUUAAAUUAGACAAUAAUAUAAGUUUUCAACAAGAUAAUGAUUUUGAAAGAGAUACUAAAAGUAUUUCCAACGAUGAGGUAAAAAUGUUAGAAUUAUCAUAUAAUUUUGAUGAUGAAGACAACACUCACAUCAAAGUCCAAACUAUUGAGGAUGUUUCUUUAAACAAUCAAAUUGAAAACUCUUUAAUAGAGUUAUCUAAUAAUGAAAAUGAAAUUCAAUUGGAGAUAAGAUUGAAUAAAAGUAAUUAUUAUGAUGAAGAGUCUAUUGAAGAAGUAAUCAAACAAACCAUAGAAGAUAUCAUGAUUUCAUUGAAUUCUUCAAAUAGUUGUUGUCUUGACCUUCCAAAAGAUUCAAAAAAUAUUCCACCCCAAGUAGCAAAAUUGAAUAUGCCAAUUUUAUUAAAUGAAACAAUUUUGGAUAACAAGAAAAAUUGUAUUUCUACUGAAGAUGACAGGAAUUUUCAGACUGAUGAUCAAUUUAAAUCCAAUAUGUUUUAUUUUGGAACAGAAAACUGUCGAGAUGUUUCUUUCUACACUGUUCACUCUUUAGAUGAUAAUGAAAUGGAUAAUUGUUUAAAAAGUAAUACCUCAAUCCACUCAAUAGAAACCAAUGCGAGUUUUGUUUCUUUAAGCAAUCAAAUUGAAAACUCUUUAGUAGAGUUAUCUAAUAAUGGGAAUGAAAUACAAUUGGGGAUAAGAUCAAAUAAAAGUGAUUAUUAUGAUGAAGAGUCUAUUGAAGAAGAAUUUGAACAAAUCAUAGAAGAUAUCAUGGUUUCAUUGAAUUCUUCAAAUAGUUGUUGUCUAGACCUUCCAAACAGUGAAGAAUGUGAAGAAUUUUUUAAUAAUGAAAUUGAAAUUAAUAAUAGUAAAGUGCUUCAAAUUUAUGAAGAUGAUUUUGAUUUUAGUAAUCCAAUCAAACAAGAUCAUUUUAUUGAUUUAACUAAAUGUCUUAGUGAUGAAAUCAUUUUGGAUGAUGAUUAUAUUAAUGAGGAAAUAAAGUGUAAAAGGUCAUUUGACAACAUAAAUUCUGAAACAAAAACUGGGAAUAAAGAAAUAACUCAUUUUUCUGUAGAUCAAAAAAUUGAUUUUGAAGAAACAAUUAUCCAAAAAGAAAAAUUGAAUGAGGUAAUUAAAAAUGUAGACAGUCAAACAAAUAGAUGUAAAAGUAAUUCUAAAACUCUAAACAAUCAAGAAAAGUAUAAUUUUGGUCCAUCAAACAUGAUAGAUGUUUUGAUUGAUGUAAAUUCUCAAGAUGGUUCUCAAUCUAAAAUUAAUGAUGAUGAGUAUUACAAUAAAUAUGUAAAUGAUAAAAUUAUGGUAGAAGAUGAAGAGCAUUGUUCAUCUAAAAUUAAUGUUGAAAAAAGGAAUAUAAAUAUUUUUAAAGGAUCUAUUCAUGAUGAAGAAGAAACGCUUUCAAAGCUUAAUAAUAAAAAAUAUGAGUUCGAAGUGGAUAAAAAUUAUGUAGAUAAAAUAACUGUAUCUCAAAUUUGUGAUGAUUAUUUUUAUGAAAAUGUUUCUAAAACGUUUCUAAAUGCAAAUGAUUUUUUGGAGUUAACGAGACAUGUUUAUAGUGAAAAUACUAGUCUUGUUAAUGAGGGUCAAAGAUCAGACCAAGUAGACAAAUUUAAUAUAUCUACAAAUUAUGAAAAUAAUGAAACUAUAUUUAUUAAUAAGGACAUUGAUGAACGAUGUGAAAGAAGUUUGUCUCUCAAUUCUACUGAUGCAAAAAAAAUUCUUGAAAUCUCUAAAAAUGAUUCUAAACACUCAGAUGAUUCUCUAUUGUUAAUGCCAUCAAGCAGAGACUUGGUAAAAUAUGGAAUAGAAUGUGAAUUUCAUGAAAAGUCUAUUUCUCCGUGUUUAAAGUUCAAUGAAGUAUCCAGAAAUAACAAUACUCUUAUUAGUUCUAGUUCAGCAAAAGAUUAUGAGGACAAUGUUAAAUAUUUCUAUGACUGUGAUAUUAGUAGCAUUGAAAAUUCAGAUGAAGAAGAUAACAUACUGUUGUCUUUUGAAAAAGAUACUUCAAUAGAUAAUUGCAUUUUUGUUAAAAGUCAAGACAAAUCAAAUGCAACCAUUUCUACUAAUAAUGAACAAACAUGUGAUAAUGAUUCAAAAAUUAAAGAUUUAGGUUCUUCCAUUGGGAGUUGUAAUAAUUUGAGUAAUGUUGAGAAAACUCCUGCAGUUUCAUUUAUUCAUUCACCUGGUCAUAAUCAUGAUCAGUACAAUAAAAUUUUAAAUAUAAGUAUGUCUAAGAGACAAAUUUCACACGAUAAAUCUGAAGUUUUUAUCUUCAAAAAUGAUGUUCAAUAUUGUGCAAUGAAUGCUAAUGCUGAUAGUGAGUUGAAAAUGUUAAAGGAUUCAAAUGUGAAUAUAACUGCUAGCAUUACAAAACCUAGUUUGGAUGAUUCAGCAGCCAUUAAUAUGAUUAAAUCUGAUAAUUUGUGUAUAGACCAUGGUAGUUUUAAUAAAGAACAAAAUUUAGAAGAUUCAAACAAAAAUCAUAAUCAAAACAAUGAAAAUAAUUCAAUUUUUGUGUAUAAUACACGUCAGGCUAUAAAAAAGUCUCAAAAAUCUUUUAAAAAUAAUGAAUCUGAAACAAUAAUCAAAUUCAAUAGUGAGGAGAUAACUAAAACAAAUAUAGUUCAAUCUAGUUAUUCCGAUAUAAAUCAAAACAGCUUAAUAAGCGAAAUUGACAACAAAAAAAAAUUUCUAGAAGAAAUCAUUAAAAAUGAAGAUUUAUUGAAUAAAUUUGAUGAGAAAUUGGAUAUGAAUGAAUCAGUUAUCUCACCUUAUAUAUCUCAAUCUUUAGUAAAAUCUACUAAUUCACAAAAUGCAUUAGCAAAAAGAGCAGCUGCAAGUAUAAAUAUUAAUGCUAUGAGUGAAAAAGCCUUGUGUAUCUAUUUAACUCAACAAACAAUGACAUUAGAUGUCUUAAAAAUUUUACAUAAGUCUUUAGAUACAUGUCCAUCAUCUGGUAUAUUGAUGGAAGACCCAGAAGGGUUAACUGUGUCUCUCAUGCCACAUCAAAAACAUGCUAUUGCUUGGCUAAUUUGGAGAGAACGUCAAGAGCCACAUGGUGGAAUUUUAGCGGAUGACAUGGGUUUAGGCAAAACUCUGACUAUGAUAUCAUUGAUUCUGAAAGAAAAACAACUUGGCAGUUUACUACCAACGGUAUCUAUUGACAACAGAAGUAAUGAUGUUUUAAUUGGUGGGACUUUGAUUGUUUGUCCGGCAUCCUUAUUGAGUCAAUGGGAAAAUGAAUUUAUGACCAAAUUGAAACCAGAACUAUUAAAAGUUGGCCAGUAUUAUGGAAUAAAUAGAAAUAUAGCAGCUAUAGAAUUGGCAAAAAAUGAUGUAGUAAUGACAUCAUAUAAUUUAAUAAUGUGGGAUUAUAAAAAACAGAAAUCUAGUUCAUUGUUCCAAAUUAAAUGGAGGCGAAUCAUAUUAGAUGAGGCUCAUCAAAUAAGAAAUAAAAAGACACAAACUUCUUUAGCGGUAUGUAGUAUGAUGUCUAUAUAUCGGUGGGCUAUAACAGGAACACCGAUUCAUAAUAAAGAAGCUGAUUUUUACACUCUUCUAAAAUUUAUUCGUUGUCAUCCAUUUGAUGAUUGGCUAAUUUGGAAGAGGUGGGUCGGCAAUAACGACAAUGCUGGUAAACAUAGGCUAUCCCUGCUUGUUAAAACAUUAAUGCUUCGUCGAACGAAACAAGAACUUUCCAAGUACACAACUUUCAAAAUACCUAAUAAAAUAGUUCAUGAAAUUGAAAUUGAAUUAUCAAAAGAAGAACGAAAUGCUUAUGAGAAAUUACUGCAAUUCUCAAGUAACUUUUUUGCUACUUAUCUGUAUGAUAGAGUAGCAAAAGAAAAAUUAUUGGAUUCUAGUACCAAAGUACAAUGUAAAGUUCAAAAUUUUCAAGAACAAAGUCAAGAUAAAGACCAGAUCAUCAAAGAUCACCCUGAAUUACUUGAGUUGUUCAGAAAAUUUAAGAAUAUAGAAGAAAUACAAACAUAUCAUAUACUAGUGUUACUUUUGAGAUUGAGACAAAUUUGCUGUCAUCCAGCUUUGAUUAAUGGACCUAUAACUGAAGAGAGUAUUAAAAAAGAUGUAGAGAAUAUUCCUGAAAAUUUUAAUGAGGAUAGUGAAUGCAAUUUAACUAAUAGUGAUUCAUAUUAUAAUGAAAGCACCAAAAUAGUUAACUGUCCAAAAAUUAUUGAAUUAUCAAGACUUAUGAGUUGCCUUACACUAAACGAAGAACCUGCUAAGAAAAAUCUUGAGUUAUACAAUGACAGUAACAUUUUUCAAAAAUCUUGGAUUUCUACUAAGAUAAAAAAAGUUUGUGAUUUGGUCAAUGAUAAAGUCUUACUUAACGGUAAUGAUGAUAAAGCUAUCAUAAUUUCUCAAUGGCCAAGUUUUCUAUAUUUGAUUCAUAAACAUUUGGCUCAGUAUAAUGCCAAGAUAGAAAUGUUUUCUGGAACAAUUCCAAUUUUAAAAAGGACUAAAAUCAUUCGUGAAUUCAACAAUCCUAACGGUGGACCACAAAUUUUGCUGCUGUCACUGAAAGCUGGAGGUGUUGGUCUUAAUCUUAUGGCGGCUAACCAUUUGUUCCUAAUGGAUGUUCAUUGGAAUCCCCAAAUGGAGGCACAAGCAAGUGACAGAGUAUACAGAGUUGGCCAAAAAAAAACAGUAAAUAUUUAUAAAUUUGUAUGUAAUAAUACAAUUGAAACUAGAAUACUGGACAUUCAGUCUCACAAAUUAAAAAUUGCUCAAAAUUUGUUUGAGGGUACUAGUGAUAUUUCUUCCAAAAUAACAUUAGAUGAUCUGAAACAGAUUUUUCAGUUCCAGUGAAUACAUUCAACUAUUUUUUUCCUAGGGAAUUGUGUUUUGUAUUAUUUA